AUGCGUCCACUCGAUGACAAACGCGUGACCAAAAUCCUUGACACGGUUCCUAUGCUACAGCAAUCUCCAGACAAGAAGGAUCUAGUAGCACCGGCAAACGAACCUAGGCUCAUGCCAGGUCCUCUGCAACCAGGUCCCCGCCCAAUCAAAAGGCCCACUACGCCAUCUCCCCCAGAGCCUCCUGGUAAGGUCAUCCGUGGGUCCCCUAGGAACUUCGCUCUUCAAGGAACUAGCCAUCUGGAGAACAGUAUCGGCUGGGAUGGAUCAGUACGAAAUGAAUCACCCUGGGAUACGUUCAAGCCAUACUACGAAUGUGAUCUAGCUGGUAAUGUUUCUGUUUGUGUCCGGUCCUCAGGCAAUCGAGCUGCACAGGCGAUCCGUCGAUAUCCUAGUGAAGACGCGGACAGAAUCCUCGGAGUUCUCCGAUCCACAUCACAUAAAAAUGUGGUCUCUAUCUGGGAGUGCUUUCGCGAAUCUGAUUUCCUGUAUACUGUGAGCAAAUUUGAUCCUCUCACCCUAGAUCAUCUAGUCGCCUGUAAAGCCUUUCCAGGCCAGGUGGAGCUGGCUGCGAUCAUGUCCCAGAUUCUUGACGGACUAUCGCAUUUAGUUGACCAGAACUUUUAUCACCCAUGUCUGGAUUGUUCCAGCAUUCUGAUGAGCCUUGAGGGUGAGAUAAAGAUUGCACGGAUUGACUGCUGUGUCAUCCAACAGACAAGCAGAGUAAAUAACACUCAUCUGGCGCCUGUAUCCAAAGUCAUGAUGGAAUUGAUGCAGAAGUAUACUAAAGAGGACGGGGCUGUUGGAAUUGAGAAUCUUGACCGCUGGAAAAAAUGCCCAGCCGCCAUCGAUUUCCUCUCUGCCACCAUCUCAGCUAGCUCAUUUGAGGAACUGAGAAAACGCUUUUUAACGGAAACCCGAUGGUGCCCCGGCGAUUUAAUCGGCCUCGCAUGGUUUGCUCUGAUAUCCGCGCGUACAUUCUACUCAUUCACGCCGAGGUCGGAAGGCAAAAACUAG